CACAGCUUCUACAGAUGUUGUGUCUAGUGAGGGUGGCACACUGAAAAUGAAUGGCGUUGAACUUACAUGGCCCCCAGAAGCUGUUGACGAAUCUGUGACUAUCAAGCUUAUAUUACAAAAGCCCUCUAAGUACUGUAGGAUGAUAUUCCAAAGCGGACUUGAGAAUGAUCUUAUUUUUGGUGCAAGUGUUAUCAAUUGCCAGCCAAACGGCCAAACAUUUAACAAUUCUUUGACUUUGAGAAUCACUUUGGAAAAGUACAGGGACAAAUUCAAAAACCUGUUCGUACUACAUGGGAGAAAAAACAGAAGUAAAGACAUCAUUUGGGAAGAUAUCACUGAAAUAUCUACGUUUGACUCCAGUAAAAACGCGGUGAGCACAGAAAUUAAAGGAUUUUCGCUGAUUGCUGUGCUGUUGGGAUCGAUCUGGGUUAAUUCAAAAGAACUUGUGGCGCGGCUUAAUUUCGUGUCUUUCAAAUAUACGUUGUCCGCACUGCACAGAAGCAAUUUUCAAAAUAGUCCUUUCGAGGAGCUCGCUCUCGUUUUCAUGAGCCGAGACGUCUACCAGGAGAAGUACUACAGAGAACACAAUGAAUCUGUUUUAACAAAGCUGAAGAGUAAUGGGUUUAAAGAGCUUGGAUCUACGGUUCAAAAGGAAACAAACUACAUCUACAAUAAGGAAACCCUGGAUGUCUCCAUUCAACUUGGACAAGACUACAAACCGGCGAACAACCAGCGGAAGAGUUGGGAAUUAACCGUUGAGUCGUCGGUAUGGUGGAGUACUGGACAUGCCAUUAAGUUGCCGCUGCAAAGUUGCUGUACAAAUGACAAGAUUCUGUGUGGAAAGAUUCUUGUUCAAGGCCAGUAUGGACAUGUGCGGGAGGACCGCUUCUGUCAACUGGAUCUGUGUGGCUACGUGAAAGAAAUUCUAGGAAUAGAGAACCUCAUUUACAACCUUCAGCCUGUUGCCCAAAAACUUGAGUUGUCCAUGGAAUUGAGGAGACAAGUUGUCUCUUGCUGGCAAAACGAGGAGAAACAGCUGGAAGUUAUUUUGCAAAACUGGAGUGAGAAGCAAGGGGAUGACGCUGACCCUGCGUUUUUGCGGAAAACCCUCGGAGAGCUGGAGCCUAAAGCAUACAAAGUGAAAGAAAGGGGACAAAUGCACAUCAGACAUUUGAGAGAACUGGCCACCAGGAUUGAUCGUUUGGAACACAAUGAUGUUGACAUGGAGAUAUACUUGAUCAAGGAGAUCAAGUAUCUCUGCGGAUCCGUUUUUCGUGACUGUUGUAUUGAAAUGGCAAAUUCUAAGGGAGAUCUGGAGUUUGCAGCUUCAACGGAAAACCACUCAGAAAUCCUUGCGACCCACGAUAGAAUUUCCAAAGAGGUUUCCAGCCAAUAUAGGAAAAUUCGCAUGCCAAGACAUUUCCUACCUAUUAUCCCACAUUUAAUUCAAGCCGUCAAAGAAAUCUUCAAAGAUGAAAAUAUACCACAGAUCCAGAAUGGAAUGAUAGGAAUCUCCGAAGAUGUAACUCUCACAAAAAUCAAUUCAGAAAUUCAAGAUGCUGUAGAAAAAAAACACAUACUCAGGCUUUUUACAGCAGUAAGCACUAUUCUUGAAUGUUUAUGCCGCAGCAAUAAUGAAGACCAAUCUCAAAUCACAGAAAACGAGAUAAGCAAUUGGGGCAAAUCUGUUAUGAUUAUCAGAAUGUUGGAAUUUUUGGAGAAACAUUUUGAAACAGCCGGUUCUGAUGCUUUAAGGUUGCAAGAAAGAUUGCGCAUCUUCUCGAUUCACUUGAAAAGCAUCAUGUCCGACCGACAGGACUAUGAGGAAGCGUUCCUUAGUGACUUCCACAACGUUGCUUUGGGCCUAAUAGCUUUUGCCAAAUUUGAUCCGACACGAUUCUUGAGAUUUGAACUGAAGGACCCAAGUAGUUCAGCAGGUAUUCAAGGUGACGAUGUGUUGAGGUACGACAAGUCAAAAGAAAUCUUUUCACAGCUUUUUUGGAUCAGCAAAGAGUCCGACGAGGAAUUACAACUGGAAGCAAUUGCGUAUGUUCACAUUGAUGGAAAGCUUCGCCGAAUAGGAGCAUUUGAAUCAGAGAUCACACUACCAGCACCCGCCACCGAAGUUAUCGACAACCUUCCAAUGGCCUCUCUGCCCGUUGUUGUCAAAAGAGAGUAUGGUAUUGGUGGAAGCAUUCGUGUGACUCUUUAUGCAACGCAGAAGGAAAAUAUACGCAAAGCCUUAGAGUAUGUAAUGCAGGAAUUGGGCGGAGAGGGAGUGGACCUAGGAAGAGAGAAGAUUGCAUCAAGUCACCUUAAAUUGCGCAGCUUGGCAAAAGCAGGCACAGUUGUCAAACUUCGUUUGAUCCACAGAUGGAGAUCAGAAUCGAUUUGUCUUGAGAGUGAUGAUUUCAUAGCUCUUGCAGACUCAAGUGCAGGAGGUUCCUUUAUGCCUGAUUCAGAAACAGCAGCUGAGGCCAAUCAAAUGAUGGUUCUGCCGACAACAGGCGACUCAAAUGCUAACAGUUCUGACGUGAGAAGCUUUGUUACGGAUUCAUCACAAACAGAGGUGAUACAGAGACAUACAAAAGAGCAGCGAGGCAAUACGGUAAUCCAUAAUCACCUGACUUAUAUGAAAGGUCACGUCUGCGUGUUGGGGAAGAAGACCAGUCUCAAUAUGCAAACGCCAGCCGCGACUGCUAGUCAAAGGUGUUUGGAGGCUGGGCCGAGUGUUGAUCCACAAAGAGGUUUAACCGCUGCAACAACUGAUGAAUAAGAAAAUUGAGCACAUACCAGGUGGCAAAGGAAAGCAUUUAGACGAGAACAACACAUUGUAUGACAUGAUGUGCUAUGCGCCAUCCGCUGCUCGUAAACAAAGAACUUUUGUUUGAAUAUAGUUAUCCUAGGUUUUGCUUUACAGAUCGUAAAUGACAAGUAGCUAAAAAAUAGAUACUGGUGCCAUCAAAGUUGACACUAGAUGAAUUCAAGUGUGAUUGAUGGCUUCUACAAUGGAGCCGAAUCAGUAGGCCUUACGAUGCUUCUGUUUAAAGAUGUAACGAAUCAAGCACAUAACUGUGCCGGAAUAAAUGAGAAUCGUGUAUGUGAA